GAGAACAUUCAUUCUAUAUGACCGUUUGAAAGAAACCUUAAUCUCAUUUUUUUGUCAUUCUCUUUCUCCUCCCAACUUUUCUUCUCUUAUCUCAUUGUUUCCCGUCUCUGCGCGUUCAGCACUCGAAGAAGAAUAACCCUCAUCUCAUUAUUUCCAGGCUCUGUGCGUUCACCACUCGAAGAAGAAACCCUAAUAGUUUGUUAAUCAAAAGCAGCUUCGUCUAUAAACCCUAAUAAUGGAAGAAAAAGCCCUAGAAAUUCAAAUACAAGACCAAGACGAAGGGGAAAUUCUUCCAGAUCAAGGUCCAAAACAAGAAAAUUCCAUAACGAUGGAGGAAAAUUGUGUUAUAGAUCAAAUUAAAGAAACGGAACCAUCAUUUGGUGAGGAGCAGAAUUUUAACCCUAUUCUGAAGCAACUUGAUGAUUUAAGUACUCAAAUUAAGAUUUUAAAGACAAAACAAUCUGUUCUAUCAGAUGAAGUAAAGGGUAUCGCUGAUGGAUCUUUUCCUGGUUCUGAUGUUUCUGCUGCUCUUCUGCAUCUCAGUAGUGAACAUGAAGCUUUAAAGAAGAAGUACCUUAAAGAGAGUUCUGAAAGGAAGCGGCUUUAUAAUGAAGUGAUUGAGCUCAAAGGCAAUAUAAGGGUAUUCUGUAGAUGCAGGCCUUUGAAUCAGGAUGAAAUUGCAAAUGGGUUUUAUUCUGUAGUUGAAUUCGACCCAUCUAUAGAUACUGAGUUGCAGGUUACAAGCUCUGACUCUUCUAAAAAACAAUUCAAGUUUGAUCAUGUCUUUGGUCCCAACGGAAAUCAAGAGGCUGUUUUUGCUCAAACGUCACCUGUGGUGACUUCCGUGUUGGAUGGGUUCAACGUAUGCAUAUUUGCCUAUGGGCAGACAGGUACUGGCAAGACAUAUACAAUGGAAGGGACUCUAGAUGAUAGAGGAGUCAAUUAUAGGACCUUGGAAGAGCUCUUUCGGAUCUCAGAGGAGCGAAGUGAUACCAUGCGGUAUGAGCUAUUUGUUAGCAUGUUGGAAGUCUAUAAUGAAAGAAUCCGUGAUCUUCUUGUGGACGAGUCCAACCAACAUGCCAGAAAGUUGGAGAUAAAGCAAUCAGCGGAGGGAACACAAGAAGUGCCAGGGCUAGUUGAAGCUAGUGUUCAGAAUACAGUUGAGGUGUGGGAGCAGCUACAGACUGGAAGCCGAAACAGAGCUGUUGGAUCGACAAAUUGUAAUGAACUUAGUAGCCGCUCUCAUUGCUUGUUCCGUGUAACUGUGAAGGGUGAGAAUUUGGUGAAUGGGCAGAGGACUAGGAGUCACCUCUGGCUCGUAGAUUUGGCAGGUAGUGAGCGUGUCGGAAGAACUGAAGUUGAGGGUGAAAGGCUGAAGGAGUCACAGUUCAUUAAUAAGUCCCUCUCUGCCCUUGGUGAUGUCAUAUCUGCUCUAGCAUCAAAGACAUCUCACAUUCCUUACAGGAAUUCUAAACUCACCCAUUUGCUGCAGAGCUCCCUUGGAGGAGACUGCAAGACCCUGAUGUUUGUCCAGAUUAGCCCAAGUUCUGCAGAUUCAGGGGAGACCCUUUGCUCUCUGAACUUCGCAAGUCGGGUCAGGGGAAUUGAGCAUGGUCCUGCGCGUAAACAAUCAGAUCCUACCGACAUUUUCAAGUACAAACAGAUGGCUGAAAAGUUAAAGCAGGACGAAAAAGAAACAAAGAAGUUGCAGGAUAGCUUGCAGUCCUUGCAAUUAAGGUUUGCUGCGCGUGAACAACUCUGUAGAAGUCUCCAGGAGAAGCUACGAGACUCUGAGAAUCAACUUGCAGAGGAGAGAAAAAUCAGACUCCAACAGGAAGCUCGAGCUGUUGCUGCAUAUUCGACUAAACCAUUGGGAUUGCCAUCUGUAAAAGCAGUACCCAGAGCUCCAGCAGAGAAGAAGCCACCACUAGGUCCUUCAAAGUUGAGACCACCAUUGAGAGGAAUCACCAACUUCAUUCCCCCUCCAUCACCUCUUCAACCCUGCAAAGUUGUUGCUAUUGGUCAUCCAACCUUGCCAUCAGUAGACGAAAAAGAGAACUUUUCUAGGUCAAUUUCAUCAUGCAGCACCAAAACUUUGAUGAGACCAAGGCGGGUGUCCAUUGCAGUCAGGCCAGCAUCAGCAACAGUGCAGUUUAAUCAGCUCAAGAGACGGGUUUCUAUUGCUACGAUUCGUCCAGAGCCGCAGUUGCACUCCACCACUGGACAGCCUCCUAAUGUCCACUCAACACCUCAAAUGCCCAGGAGACGGGUUUCUAUUGCUACACUCCAUCCAGAGUCGAAUCAUGGAAUUACAGGCCGAAUGUCAUUUGUCAGGGACCCAAGAAGGAGGGUAUCAAGGAUGUUUUCACCUGUGCAGCAAUCAAGACCCUCAACAGUGGAAGCAACUCCAAUAUCUAGCAGGAGCAAGUUUAUGGGCAGUCCACCAACGCAAAUUGGUUCUUGGAAUCCUAAGCAUCCGACGGUGGUUGCACUGCAAAAGAGACAUUUAGUCUGGAGUCCACUGAAGCAAAAGGGGUUUAAAAAUGACAGAAAAUCAUUAAUUCCGUCAUUGUCAGAUAAUUGGAGGUAGAAGUUGUUACAGGUUAUAAGUUUCUAAUCUUCGUAAUCAUGUUCUCAUGUUCUCCUCACUUACAUGUGUUACGUUCACCUGGAAAAGUACACUUUGUAAGCUUCUUGCUUGGUUGAUUGAACUCUUGCAAAUAUUCACUUUCUCGCAGUCCUGAAUUUUGUGUC